AUGUCUCUAUUCUCUGGGAUCAACGCCCGCUUUCGAGGCUCAAACAGCAAGUCUCCUGGGCCGGGAAAGAGUGGCAGCGGCUCCAGCCAGCCGCCCGUCUCUCCCUUAAGCCUGGACAGAUCUCAGAACAGUCAGUCACCUGCGUCAGCGGGUCUGUCUGCCAACCUCCCCCCUCUGCCAAAGUCUCCGUCUCUUGCUCAGACAAUAGGCAUGGACGAGCAGAGCGGCAUCAUGACUAGCGGUCAUGAUGUCCUCGAGUCAUACCAUCUUCCUCGUCCUCUGCCUCUAUGGCUCAACCCCAACUACGCCAAGCAUAUUGUGAAGGGCAACUUCAUGACCUUGAGUGCCAGGCCAAAGACAGUCGAGCAAGGAGAGUGGAUUGCCCAUCAAGUUGUUGAGCACUACCGAAACUUGUGGAAUUUUGUCCGCGUCAUCCACGAGAAGGAGGAGGAUGGGUUGUCCAUCUGUAACCCGGCAACAUGUCCACGCAUGUCAGCAGGACAGAACCACUCCUUCACAUGGUUGAACAGCCGAAGGGAACCUGUGGAGCUCCCAGCUUACGAGUACAUCACGCUUAUGCAGCGAUGGAUAUCCGGCAAAAUUGAUGAUACGAAGAUCUUUCCCACCGAAGCUUCUGGUGUUUCGUACGCACACAACGCCAAUAUCACCACCACGCCCCUGUCUCAUCUGACGAAUCCUGGCGAGCCUGAUUGGAUCGGGAAGCGGUCCGGCUUCCCGCAGAACUUUGUCGAGGUCUGCCAGACUAUCUUCCGUCAGAUGUUCCGGGUCUACUCGCACCUCUACUGGGCUCAUUAUGUCGAGCCUUUCUACCACUUGAACCUCGAGAAACAGCUCAACAGUUGCUUCAGCCAUUUCAUUCUCACCGCCACCGCACUCGAUAUGCUCCGACCACACGAGCUCGAGCCGAUGCAACCUCUUAUCGAUCUCUGGGCUGCCAACGGCACUUUUCCUCCAGAGUCCAAGGCUUAUGAAUACGCUCACCUCAACGCCGGCCAGAAGCUUCUUCAGCUGGCCGGCACUUCUACGUAA